AUGAAAAUUAAUUCCACAGAAAAAUUAUCAAAUUGCUAAAAGUAGCUUAAUAAGUUAUUUUCAAAUCUGAGAAUGAGUACUAUAUUACUAAUCUAUUCAUUUUUGAUUUUUUGUCUAACAUUUUCAAUACUUAUUCUUUGUUCAAAUAUACAACUAAAUGUUACAAAAAAUCAAAUAUCAGAAACCUCAGAGCAACUAUUAACACUAUAAAAUAAUAGGUUUAAAAUGUAUAUAAUAUAGGGCUUUAAAUAUUUAAUCUGAAAAAAUAUAAGACAUUUUAAGCUUUACUUUUAAUAUGAUAAUCACAAAAGUGGCUAAAUUAAGUUUAAUUAACUAUUGGUCUAGCUCACUUGAUUUAAAAAUAAAUCAAGAAAUCAUGCCUUGUCAAGCAUCAUAAUAGUUUAAUGAAAAUAUAUAAAGAACCUUAGUUUGCUAUUCUAAUUCCAAUCAUUUUCAGUAAAGAAACAUAGAUAAAAUUAAAAUUUUUAAACUUAUGAAUCUUUUAUACAUAAAUCAAUACACAUUUGAUUUUUUUACUGUAUCUCAUGAAGUAUAUCUGGUUUCAUUUCUAGAUAAUUUUUUGACAGGAUAUUACCUAACAAAAUUAAAAAAUGAAUCUUUUGAAAUAGUUUAGUAAGAAUGGUUUCUCAAUUAUACAAUUGAGCUUUAAUAAAGCAACUAAAUUGUACCAUAUAAACUAAGUUCUUUAAUAAAAAUGGAAAAUUAUGAUAAUAUAUUAUCAGCAUUUUCAAUAGUACUUUUUGAUUCAUAAUUUAUUGUUGGAGGAGUAGCAUCAAUACUGAUAAAUUUUCAUAAUAUAGCAUAGUUUGCUUAAGUGAGUAGUUUAAACAUUAUCCUAGUUUAUGAUGAUGGAUUAAUUUUAUACACUAAAAGUUAUAUCAAUUUUGGUAUUGCUAAGGAUCUGUUAUAUAUUUAUGACGAGUAACAGACUGGAUUUAAUAAUUCUGAUUGGAAAGAUAUUAAAUUAUCCAUCGACAAUACUCUUAAACCAAUUUAUAAAUAUAACAGCUUGCUUAAAUGCUAAAUGCACAUUAAAGCUUCACGGUAACCAAAAACUACCUUAAUUUCAUUAAUGUAUAUUUUAAUAUCUAUUAAAAUAGUCUAACUAAUCUUACAUUUGAAAAUGAAAUAACUUAUGUUCUUGAUGAUGAAAUUUCUAAAGUCUUAACUUGGCAUACUUAAACUAAUUUAUACUUUAUUACAAUCGGAGUUAUAAUAAUAUUGAUUACAUUGAUACCAUUAAAAUUUAUGUUUAAUUCCACCAGUAUUGUUAUAGCUUAGAUGAUCAGAUAUUUGAAUGGAAAGUUUGACUAUAAAUUAAAAGAUAAUCUAUUAAAUAGAAUUUAAUCAUAAUCAAAUAAUAAUUCUUUAAAAUAACUAUAAUUUUCAUAUCAAAAAUUAGACUAAAUUUUGAAUAAAACUUAAUUCAAAAAAUCAGAACAAUGUUUAGCUUUUGAAAAUUUUCGUUUUACAAAAUAGUAAAAUAUUAAACUGAACUUUUGUUUUGAAAAAUUGAUUGAUUAAAACCAAUGCUUAAGCCAAAAAUAAUUUGUCUAAAUAAUUAAAUUUCCCAAUGAAGAAAGAAAUUAAAAAGAUUUAAUGAAUUAAUCAUAAAUUUGA